UUGCGAAAGUGUUCGCUGAGCCAUACUUUGUUCCGUCCGUCAUCCAAUUUUCUCUCUUCUGCUCUCUCUUACUCUCUUCUUCGAAAUGGAAGCCUCCGCCAUGGCGAGAUCUCUCCUCUCCACGCCUCCACCUCACCCCAAUCCAUCGCUCUCUCGCCAUCGCUCCACUCCGGAACCCCUCCCCGUUCCUUUCCCCAAAUCUCAACCGAGGUAUGCUUUUCCUGCCGUUCUAUCUCUCACAAAUCCUAAAUCCCCCGCUUCGGCGCUGGGAUGGGAGAGACGGGGCCGCUUCCUGAUUCGCUUCUCCGUCGAUGGCGCGGUGAAGACGGAAGAAGUAGUCCCGAUCGAGAAGAGGUUUCCGCCGUUUCCGACUGUCAUGGACAUCAACCAGAUCCGUGACAUUUUGCCUCAUCGGUUUCCGUUUCUUCUAGUGGAUAGAGUGAUCGAGUACCAGCCUGGAGUUACUGCUGUAGGUAUCAAGAAUGUGACGAUUAAUGAUAACUUCUUUCCUGGUCACUUCCCAGAGAGGCCGAUAAUGCCUGGUGUUCUCAUGGUUGAGGCCAUGGCACAGGUUGGCGGUCUGGUCAUGCUGCAGCCAGAAGUAGGUGGCUCCCGUGACAACUUCUUCUUUGCUGGGAUUGACAAAGUGAGAUUUCGGAAGCCUGUGAUCGCAGGGGACACCUUAGUUAUGAGGAUGACACUGAUCAAACUGCAAAAACGCUUUGGGAUAGCUAAGAUGGAAGGGAAGGCAUACGUAGGUGGUGAUGUGGUCUGCGAGGGUGAAUUUCUGAUGGCCACUGGAAGCGAAUGAUUUGUGUGAGAGGCGAUGAUCUAGAUAUGAUCUGCCUCACAUCACUCUGAUCUAUAAAAGAGUUGUUUCAAUUUUGUGUUGUACUCAAACUUCUCUGCCACAAGGAACUUCCCUGUGCAUCUAUUACCAUCUGAUGAGCUUUACCAAAAAGGACCUACCGUAGCCAACAUCUUCCUAUUUUUCGUAGUUCAGCCUCUGAAAAGUAUAGGGUUAAUGUUUUGUAAUCUAGCUCUUAGAUACCAUAUUAUUCGCAGAAGUUUGUUUGUCCCAUUUGAGAAGAAGAUAUAGAAUACUGCUGGGAUUAAGUUCG